UUCUCCGAGCUUUGGCUUCAUCCACCAGAGAGAUAUUCACCAGAACGCUACAGAACAAGACCCACUUUCGUUAAAGAUGAAGAUAGCUGUGCUUGCGCUUGUCCUUGUCAUCUUUGCAUUUGCUAAAGCUUCAAAAACGCCUUGCAGGAAUGAACUCGCCGCCAUAGAGGCUUAUCUAGCGGUGCUCGCAGCGCAAAAUAAUGGCGUACCUCCUGUCGGUUACGACACACCCGAGUGUUCUCCGGACGGUACCUAUGCCCCAUUGCAGUGUAAAGGAGCAAGUUGUCACUGUAAGAGCGCUGAUGGUAUCCAAAUCAGUGAGUGGUUCGAUAUCGGGAUGUCGGACGCAGCAAGCUGCAUAUGUGGUCGCGAUUCGCACGAAUUCAUGAUGACGCAAAUGAUGGGCCAGAUGUUCGAAUGCAACGAGACCGGCGGCUAUAAGCCCGUCCAGUGUACUGGAAGUGUCUGCUUCUGUGUGGACCAUAACGGUCAGCGAACAGGUCCGGGGAGUAUCAACAUUGCCCACGCCGACCAGCUUGGUUGUGACCAAUUCUAUUAAAGCUUGGUACCUGAGACUCA